CUGAGUGGCAGCCCUGAGGUGUUCACACUUCCCGUCAAUGUGAACAUGAGGCGGAAGCGUGCAACAAGGAAUGUGUCUCCUCUUGUUCUACCGGAAUCGUUGCCGGAACACCUUACGGAGAGAUUAGAACAGGAGCCUGAAAGUGACAAAGUUGAUGAAUCGAACGACAAAGAUGAUGAAUCAGACGAGUCUGACUAUGGCGAGGACACGGGGGGUGCCACAGAAAUCCCCAGUGCUCGAGCACCGACAGUGCCGCUUUUCCCGAGCCCAGACUUGGCAGCCUACAGGCGCAUCAUCCACGAGGAGAUGGCCAGGUGUUACGGUGCACACAUAGUGUCAGCAGUCUCAACAGCCGAUUCUCCGGCAAGCACAGGUGAGCAUACUAGUAAUUAUAGACUGUGAUGGACACUGUGGAACAGUUUAACCUCCACUAUAACGGAAUUGUCUGUAUAACAAACUACAGAAGGCUUUCAGUAAACGGGAAAUCUGUUGAAUGGA